GGGGGGGAUUUCUCUGUGGCUGCGGUUCCCGCACCGCCAGCACGGGAAUGGGCUUCCCUAGCUCCCCCGGGAAUUUCGCCCCCGGCCGCUGAACCCGCCCGGAGUCCCCCCAAAGGUUCGAGCGGCGUCGUGUCCCCGGGGAGGAGGAGAGCGGGGCAGGGCAGGGCCGGCCCCGUGGGCAGCAUGGACCAGAGUGUGGUGAAGCACCCGGUGACCCUCAUCAUCAAGGCCCCCAACCAGAAAUACACCGACCAGACCAUCAGCUGCUUUCUGGAGUGGACUGUGGGGAAGCUGAAGUCCCACCUUUCCAAGGUGUACCCCAGUAAGCCGUCUACAAAGGAUCAGAGACUGGUGUAUUCUGGCAGACUGCUUCCUGAUCAUCUGCAGCUGAAAGAUGUUCUCAGAAAACAAGAUGAAUAUCAUAUGGUUCACCUGGUAUGUACAUCUCGGACACCCCCAAGUUCUCCAAAACCCAGCACCAGUAGAGGUCACGGAGCAUCAACCUCCAGCAGUGGCUCAAAUUUAGAGCGUUCCGGAUCAACUGCUGCCUCACCCACAAACCAAGAAGCUUCUUCUACGUCUUUGAACACUAGUGCAGAUGGAGUGAGGCAUCGUAAUCUUCCACAAGCACACAGCAAUCCCAUGCCAAGCCACCAGUUUCCUUAUUUAAUGCAAGGCAAUAUAGGCAACCAGUUUCCUGGCCAAGGUAUUCCUGCUGGGUUUUCUAUGUAUCCUGCAUUCAGUCCCUUACAGAUGAUAUGGUGGCAACAGAUGUAUGUACGUCAGUACUACAUGCAAUACCAAGCUGCUGUUUCAGCCCAAGUGACUUCCAGCACUGAGCCAGCAAGAUCUGCAGUUGCCCAGGCAGUAAAUUCAGAACGUGCUCCUGCAAAUGAACCUGCGGCAGUGCCAAAUGUAGCUGUCCGGGAGAACAGGCCUGUAAACCAAAAUGUUCAGAUGAAUGCACAGGGUGGCCCAGUAGUGAAUGAAGAGGACUUCAACCGGGACUGGCUGGACUGGAUGUACACAUUCUCUAGAGCAGCAAUUCUUCUGAGCAUUGUAUACUUCUAUUCUUCUUUCAGUCGGUUUGUCAUGGUAAUGGGAGCCAUGCUGCUGGUUUAUUUACACCAAGCUGGAUGGUUUCCCUUUAGACAAGAGGGAGGCCAACAACAGCCAGCCAAUAAUGCAGAAGUGAACCGUGAUGGGCAACAUGCAAAUAAUCCUGAUCUUGAAGAGAUGGAGCGACUUAUGGAUGAUGGGAUUGAUGAAGACCUUGGAGAAGAUGCAGGUGAAGAUGGCAAUACGGAGCAGCAGCCUGGAUUCAUGGCUUCUGCUUGGUCCUUUAUCACAACCUUCUUCACAUCACUGAUUCCUGAAGGGCCUCCACAGGUUGGCAAUUGAAGUGGAAAGGGAACUGUCAGGCAGCCUCAGUAGCCAUAUGUAGAAGUGGAGCAGAUUCUAGAGAGUGUUCUAAAUACAGUGCAAUUUCUGAAAAUCUAUAAUGUUAUCUUUCUGAUCAUGGUGUACAAAAAUGUGUAUUUUUUCUUUUGGCUUUCUCAUGCAUUGAAUAUUUUAAGCACAAGUGGACUACUAAAUGCUUUCUUUAAGAUUCUUCUUUUUCUGAAGAAUAAAAUGUAAAGAUACUGGUCUUCCGUGUUUCAUUUUAAUUUCAAAUGCGUGUUACACUGAGGCAAAGAGCUUGUAUGUAAUCUGCACCAUUACCUCUUUAAAGAGCUGUUAAAAUAUGAAUGUUGACAAACCUUUCCAAAUGCUCUCUCUCUAUCUGAAUAAUAUAUCUUGUGUUUGAUGCAGGGUAUGAAUUCUCACAUGGGAUUUGGAACUUACUUAAUUCCUAAGGGAAUGCAGUUAACACAAGGGUUACUUGUUAAUGCCAUCUUGUCUUCAUGUCAGAAAAUAGUAAGCUUCUUCAUUUAAAAAGCUAAGAGCUUUUUCUUGAGAUUGUACUGACAUUCAUUAAAGUUGGAGAUAUUUGGCAGCUCUUCAAAGAUAAUUGGCAGUGAUGGGAUAAACCUUAAAUGUUUGAUACGUACAGUACUUUUUAAGAAGAAUAUAUCUGUGCUGGGGCAAAACAUGUACAUUAGGGCUUUUUAAUAAAAACUGUUAUGGUAACUCUUUUGGAUGGUUCUAUGCCUAUUUGAAUGCAAAUGGCUAAAUUGUGCCUCCUUGAGAAUAUGAUUGAGAGUGUAAUAAAGUUAUCAUGGUGGCAUUACUGACAUUGACCAAAGUGAUGUGUUUGUAGCAGUGUCUGUACAGUUAAGAGUAUGAUCUCAGCAGCAGACUAUCUGUAUUCUUUACCUUCAUUAACCUA